AGUACACUCGCCAGCACCACUAUCACUAUCCACUCACUCGGGCGAGCGGUGGAGUCAUCAGGUUGCUGAGUUGGCCACUUUGAAAAACUUGCAAGAUGAAGUUUGUCGAUUUACCAGGCGGUGCUGGCAAAAUGCCAAUCGUCGGCUACGGCACUUGGCAGGCCGUGGACUCGGAGCUUGAAGCAGCGCUAGAAGAGGCUUUGACAAUUGGAUAUCGACAUAUUGACACUGCCUAUGUUUAUGAAAAUGAGCACGUCGUUGGGAAAGUGCUAAAAAAGUGGUUAGACGCCGGAAAGGUGAAGCGCGAUGAACUCUUUGUGGUUACCAAGCUCCCGGAAGUAGGAAACCGGCCUGAUGGAGUUGAAAAAUACAUUAAACGAUCCCUGGAAAAGUUGCAGUUGGAUUAUAUUGAUCUGUACUUGGUUCACGUCCCAUUUAGCUAUAUCGAACGAGGGGAUGAAAUUCACCCUCGAAAGGAGGAUGGAUCAAUGCUGAUCGAUCCUACAACUGAUCAUGUCGCAGUUUGGAAGGCCAUGGAAGCGCAAGUGGCCGCCGGGAGGACAAAGGCCAUUGGUCUUUCCAACUUUAACGAGCGCCAGAUCGAAAGGGUCGUGGCAAACGCCACAAUAAAGCCAGUGAAUUUGCAGGUUGAGGUGCACGCAUACUUCCAGCAAAAGGAACUGGAAAAAUUGUGCAAGAAGCACGGAAUAACGAUGGUCGCUUAUUCGCCUCUUGGCUCAAAGAGCAUGCAAAGCAUUCUCGCGCAAAUCGGCAUUCAGAAAGAGUUGCCAGACCUGUUUGACAAUCAGGUGGUCCUGGGUAUUGCUGAAAAAUUGGGUAAAACGCCGGCGCAAGUACUGCUGAGGCACACAACUCAAAGGGGUAUCGCGGUUAUCCCAAAAAGUGUCAACCCGCAGAGAAUGAAGGAAAACUUUGAGAUUUUGAAUUUUGAGCUAACUGAGGAGGACGUGAAAGCUUUAGACGGCCUGGACCAGGGUCCAGCUGCUAGAGUUUUGGAUUUCAGUUUCUUCAAAGGAAUAACAGAGCACCCGGAAUUUCCAUUUUAAUAUUUGGACGAGAGAUGAAAAAUCAAGUUGAUUUUAUCUUAUGAAUUAAAUAUUUUGAUAACAAUUUAAUUUUUUACUGUAAAAGAGAAAAUAAACUUAUUUUGGUUGAUUAUGAUAAAAA